AUGUCAUCUCCGCAGCCUUCUCGCCGUGACGACUUCGAGGUCGCAAUCAUCUGCGCACUGCCGCUCGAGUACGACGCCGUGUCUUACAUCUUCGACGAGUUCUGGGAUGAAAAUGGCGAUCGAUACGGACGAGCGACGGGAGACCCCAACAGCUAUACGACUGGCCGUGUGGGCAAAUACAAUGUCGUUCUGGCCCUUUUGCCGCACAUGGGCAAGACUAACGCGGCCAGCGCGGCCGCAAGCAUGCGAUCGAGCUACGGAGGCUUGCAACUGGCCCUCCUAGUCGGCGAUGUAGUCAUCAGCAAGACCGUCGUCCAGUACGAUUUCGGCCGGCAGUAUCCUGACAAGUUUGUACGCAAGAACACCGUCGAGGACAAUCUUGGCCGGCCGAACAAAGACGUCCGCAAUCUGCUCGCUCUAUUCGAGACCGACCGGGGCCUCGACCAGCUCGAACAACGGACUGCCCGUUUUCUUCGGCAGCUGCAGGCCAACGUCGCCCAGACAAGGCGUCGGGGCAAGUACGACUACCCCGGACCGGCGGAAGACAGGCUAUUCGAGCCGACCUACCGUCACAAGCACCACGUAUCGCCGACAUGUAGUUGCCGCGAUUGCUUCAGCCACGUAGACCCCGUUUGCGACGAGGCCCUCAGCUCGUCAUGCGCGGAUCUCGGAUGCGACGACGAACAUCUUGUCACGAGGGAACGGCUCCAGGCAAAACGGCAGUCAGAACACCAUGACAGCGAUACGGCUCGGCAGCCGGCAGUGCAUGUGGGGGCGGUUGCAUCGGGAGAUACCGUGAUGAAGUCGGCUGCCGACCGAGACAGGCUCUCGAGGGAAGCAGGCGUGAUUGCGUUUGAGAUGGAGGGCGCUGGGGUCUGGGACGAAGUUCCCUGUAUCGUGGUCAAGGGAGCGUGCGACUAUGCGGACUGCCACAAGCAUAAGGGAUGGCAGAAUUUUGCAGCGGCGACGGCGGCCGCGGCGUCCAAGGCAAUUCUAGAAGGCUAUAUCCGAACUGACAAAGCUCUGAAAGCGUCCGCGGGCGACGAUGCCUGCGCUAGCAUGGGCCGAGAGAACGGUUGUUGCCCCAUCGUGUUCGUUCGAAUUUGUUGCUACGUUGUCUCACCGCAUCAUGUAUCUUUUAGCGGCGAACACGUGUUUGCCGGCGUGCACGCGUCUGGCGGGGGCACGAUCAACUACAAUUUUGGCGGCCACGCCCCACCGCGAUCUGUCCGACCCUUCUCGACCAUCCCUUUCCCGCCGGAUCCCAAGUUCGUUGAGCGGACGGACAUCGUGCUCUGGCUGCGAGAUCAAACCGCACAACCGGGCAGCCGCGCUGCGCUCGUCGGGCUCGGCGGCAUCGGGAAAUCACAGGUUGCGAUCCAUUACGCGCACAAGGUCCGACAGGCGUCACCGGACACCUGGGUUUUCUGGGUGCAUGCGAGCUCCAGGGCCCGUUUCGAGGAGGCGUACCGAAACAUCGCCGAUAAACUACAACUUCCAGGACGAGAUGAUCCGAAGCGCAACGUGCUCCAGCUGGUGCAUACCUGGCUGUGCGACGAAGAGAAUGGACCAUGGAUGAUGGUGCUCGACAAUACCGAUUCCGUCGAGGUGUUCUUUCCAGGCGCCCAUGGCUCACGCGACCAAUCACUGGCAUCAUUCUUACCAAAGACCGGCCGCGGAUCGAUCAUAAUCACAUCUCGCAAUACAGAUGCAGCGGAGAGGCUGGCCGGUCCGGAUGCGAUCUACAAUGUGCCGAUAAUGGAGAAAAGCCAAGCCCUGCAGCUUCUCCGGAACAGGCUUAGGGAGUGCGCUGAGGAUGUUGUGGCAAUGACAGGUCUAAUUGAUGAUCUAAACUACAUGCCGCUUGCAAUAACCCAGGCUGCCGCUUACAUCAAGCGAAGGAGGCCCCGCAUGUCGGUAUCGGCUUACGUGGACGAGUUCUGGAGAAGCCAUAAGAAGAAGGCGAACCUCCUCAACAGAGACGGCGGCGACCUUCGUCGGGACGAGAGCGCCUCGAACUCGAUCGUCACUACAUGGCAGAUUACCUUCGAACAGAUCCGUCGCGAACGGCCGUCAGCCGCCAACUUACUCUCCUUUAUGAGCUUCUUUAAUCCACAGGGAAUUCCCGAGUCCGCCCUCCAGGCCUAUGCACGCGACCACAAGGAAGAUGCUCUUGAGGAGGACCUUGAGACCCUUCGCGGAUACUUAUUAGUGGCGGUAAUGGCUGAUAAAGAAAUAUUCGAAAUGCAUACUUUAGUGCAAUUUUGUACGCAGGUGUGGCUAUCGUCAUUUAGCAAUAUACAACAGUGGAAGCGGGAGUUUCUAAAGGUCAUAUCAGACCAAUAUCCAUCAGGGGAGUAUAAAAACUGGCCAGAAUGCAAGAGAUUGGAUCCCCAUAUUGAUAAAAUUCUUAAAGAGGAGCCAAAUAGUACUGAAGAUGUUUUAAGGUGGGCCAGGCUGCUUACAAACGCAGGAUCGUAUCGGUGGAUGAAGGGGAUAUAUAAGGAGGCAGAGGAGAUGAAUCGACGAGCUCUGGAGACAAAAGAGAGGGUGCUCGGCAGAGAGCAUCCUUCUACGCUCACGAGCAUCAACAAUCUUGCGACAGUGCUGCAAGACCAGGGAAAGUACGAGGAGGCGGAGCAGAUGAAUCGACGAGCUCUGGAUGCAAGCGAGAAGGUGCUCGGCAGAGAGCAUCCUUCCACGCUCACGAGCGUUUACAACCUAGCCUACCUCUUCCACAGACAGACCCGCUUCUCAGAGGCGGCUAAGCUGUAUGAGAGGGCCUGUAACGGUUAUGUGGAAGUUCUCGGAUCUGAUCACCCUACUACGAGAGCCUGUGUGGCACAUUACCGUUCUUUGAGAGACGACAUGGCGAAUGAGCAUGUACAUUAA